CUUUUUAUUAUAUAUAUAUAUAUAUUAAACAUGACACUCACAACGGCGACUAGUUAUGACUUAAAAAAGGCACACGACGAUAACCAGAUAUUGUGUGUCAAUUUCAAUCAAGACUUUAGCUGUAUUUCUGUAGGUACGGCUACAGGAUAUCGUAUUUAUCAUUGUGAUCCAUUUCAAAAGUUUUAUUCCAAACUGGGUGAUGAUGUAAGCAUCUCUGAAAUGUUGUUUUCUACUUCCCUUGUUGCUCUUGUAGGUGCUGACCAUCAACAUACCUGCAAGAAUCUCAGGCUGAUCAAUACAAAAAGAGAAAAUACGAUAUGUGAACUCAAUUUCUACAGUGCUAUCCUGACGGUCAAGAUGAACAGAAAACGAUUGAUUGUUGUCCUUAAGGAUCAGCUCUUUGUGUAUGAUAUCAGUAAUAUGAAAUUACUGCAUACAAUGGACAUUAUACCCAAUCCAUUAGCUAUUUGUGCCCUAUCUUCUUCGACAGAGCAUUGUUAUUUAGCAUGCCAACCAUUACAUCCUUCUAGUACAAACACAGCAAAUGGCAGUGGAGAUCUUGAAGUGUAUGAUGCGAACACCAUGUCAUUGGCUAACAUAGUGCAAGCUCAUAAAUCCCCUAUUAGUUGUGUUGUUAUGAACACAAAAGGAAACCUCAUUGCCACUGCCAGUGAAAAAGGAACAAUGAUUCGUGUGUUUUCUAUUCCAAAUGCCAACAAAAUAUACCAAUUUAGACGUGGCUCUUAUGCAGCACGUAUCUAUUCUAUUUCAUUUAACUUUGUCAGUACACUUCUAUGUGUCUCGAGUGAUACAGAAACAGUUCAUAUCUUUAGAUUAUCUGAACAAGAGGGUGUUGAUCUAUUAAAGCCUAGCCAUAAGCCGAGCGGUAUGGUAGGAUCCCUCUUACCCGACCGAUGGACAGAUCUAUGGGAUGCGUCUCGUCAUUUUGCUUCACUUAAAUUACCUCAUGCCGGUGUGCGUAGUUUUGUUGGAUUAAGCAGCACCACACCUCAAGUAUUUGUAAUUACUACAGAAGGCUAUUUCUAUCAAUACAAUAUUGAUCUGGAGCAUGGUGGUGAAUGCGUCUUGUUAAAGCAACAUAGUCUGCAUGACAUAACGUAAUAUCAAAAAAGGAAACUGUGAUCUCAUUUCUGUCGGAAAUGGAAAAAUAAAGAUGUCUCUUCUUUUUGGGUAGAGAAGACCAUGCAUAUGAUUGGUUGACCAAUUUUAUAAAUAUAUAUUUUUUUGAUUAUCCUCAA